UCAGGAAAGAAAGUGUUGGCCAGCUUCAGAGCGAGGGAGGAAAGACGCGGGACAAGGCUCGAAGGAAACAGGGAAGCUCCGCCAUCGGAGCUCGAGAUCAGGAAAAGGGUACCACCACCAACACCACCUGCAACGGCGAGACAGACAUCCCACACCAUGUGUCCACACCACGGCGCGUUACAAUUGCACAGCUCGACGACGCUCAUCUCGCUCUCGCGCACUAGCUCCCGUUCUUCUGCGCUCCGGAAAGAGCGUUUAACAUAGGUCUGUGCAUUUCGCGUCCUCGAGGCAGGCUUAGCAGACACACUCUGCUGGACGGCUCCGUGUACACCACGACUGGAUUGAGCUCGGUAGUCGCUCUGGCCCGGAGCCUCUAUACUGUGUUGAAUGCUUUGCUGGCAAUAGCUGUGAGCAGCAGGCGGGCACGGGGUCCGUGGCGCUCCGGAAUGGUGACGAUCGUUAGAGGGUUUGAUGGUGUUGUCGCGUGCGGUGAGGGGUCCCGGUGAGUGAGUGAGCGAUCGAGGGCGCUGCGGGGGAUUGCAGGUGGACGCAAGGAGGUGAGGUGAGUGAGGUCGGGGAGGAGGUGGCAUAAUGGUGUACAACCAGUCGGACAGCGAUGGGACCGACGAUGACGACCUCCCUCCGACGCAGGUGAUGCGGUCGUCGGGGGUGGCCCGUGCGAAGGGUCGGCCGAGCGGGAACGGGAAGCCGUCGAGCUCGUUCCACAUCGAGCUGCAGAUCCGGCAGCUAGAGCUGGAUGCGUAUCUGUCUCUGCUUCGGGCAUUCAGCGCGCAAUCGGAGGUGAUCACAUGGUCAAAGGAGGGGCUGAUGUCGGACAUGAGGAAGGAGCUUCGGGUGGCGGAUGAGCAGCACAGGGAGAUGCUGGGGAAGGUGGGGCAGGACGAGACACUGCAGAGGAUACGGACGUGGAGGCAGACAGGGGAGGAUCCUGGAAUGGUUGCGCAUCAUCGGGAGCCGUCGCCGAGUCCCUCGGUGUCGCAGAACAGGAAGAAGCAGAAGGUAGGGCACGCGGGACCGAUUCUGCCUCCGCCCGCUCCCUUGCUGAAGGCGGCACCGCACUUGGCGCUGCCGUCGGCGUCAGGGGGACGAGGGCCGUCGAGCGGGAAGAAGUCGCGGAGCAAAGGCGUGACGGAGGCGGGCGGGGUGCCGGGGAGGGGGGCGGCGGGGGGUGGAGGUGGA